GCGAUCAGUCAGUUAGAUAAGGCGGUCGUUACACGCAGCUGUCGCCAUCGGCGGGCGCCGGGAUCCAGGAUUGUCCCGGAUUAACCCGGGAUCGAAUACAGCGACACUUGAGUCCGCGUCACAAAAUGGCUUGGAACACAAAAUGGCGUCUCACCUUUUUCGCGUGUCUGCUUUACCAAGUGUGCUACGUGUCGUCAUCACAGGAAGUCAUGAAGAAAUUGACGACCGGUUUCGCGAAAGCGUUAGAUCAGUGUAAAGAAGAGCUGGGUCUAGGCGAUCACAUAAUUCAAGACUUUUUCAACUACUGGCGAGAGGAAUACGAGCUGGUGAACAGGGACAUGGGCUGCGCCAUCAUGUGUAUGGCGUCUAAGCUCGACCUUGUCACAGAUGAUAUGAAGAUCCAUCACGGGAACGCUCAUGAGUUUGCAAAGAGUCACGGAGCAGAUGACGACAUGGCCAAGCAGCUGGUCAGCAUCAUUCAUGAAUGCGAGAAGUUUCACGUCGGGGUCGCAGACGAUUGCAUGAAGACUUUGGAAAUCGCUAAAUGUUUCCGAACUAAGAUACAUGACCUCAAAUGGGCGCCCUCCAUGGAGACCAUCCUUGAAGAGAUAAUGACCGAAGUAUAAAGGAAUCAAUAACUGA